CCUCUCUCUCUCAUCUCUCUCUCUCUCUUCCAAUGAAAUGAAAUUGAUGGAAACCUUGGAUAUAAACAAUCGUAUAUAUUGACGCACACACUUGCACGACAAACAGUGGUUCAACCAUCUGACACCGACUUCCCAACUUCGAUUUGCGCCUAAUCGGGAGUAAGAUCAACCCCAAUUUUUAUUUUUAUUUCCCCUCAUUUUCCCGAUUUCAGAUCACGUACAGCUCUAUCGAUAUUCAUCCGAGGUUCGAAUUAUUCAAUUUGUUUGAAAUAUUGCCGCUGAUCGCCUCCUGUUUUUUUGGUGAUUGACCCAUUCGAUUUCUUAAUUACAGGGGUGGGUGAGGAAGAAGAAGAAGAAGGGAAGAUGGGUGAGAAUAAAGGGUUUCAGUUGGGGACGAUUGGGGCUCUCAGUCUGUCGGUGGUUUCAUCCGUUUCCAUCGUAAUAUGCAACAAGGCGCUUAUGAGCAGUCUGCAUUUCAUUUUUGCUACAACUCUGACGAGCUGGCAUUUGCUGGUAACUUUUUGUUCUCUUCACGUGGCGCUGUCAAUGAAAUUUUUUGAGCACAAACCGAUAGACUUGAAAACUGUUAUUGGAUUUGGUAUCUUGAAUGGAAUUUCAAUUGGGUUGUUAAACCUCAGCUUAGGUUUCAAUUCAGUUGGUUUCUAUCAGAUGACGAAGUUGGCAAUCAUACCCUGCACAGUAUUACUGGAAACCCUUUUCUUAAGCAAAACAUUCAGUAGGAGCAUUAAGCUUUCUCUGUCCGUUCUGCUUCUAGGCGUUGGAAUUGCAACGAUUACUGAUCUGCAGCUCAAUAUGCUAGGAUCUUUUCUCUCUUUCCUUGCAGUUGUUACUACCUGUGUUGCUCAAAUCAUGACCAAUACCAUCCAGAAGAAAUAUAAGAUUUCUUCAACUCAACUUCUAUAUCAAUCGUGUAUUUACCAAGCGCUGAUCUUGCUUAUCACGGGUCCAUUUCUUGAUCAGCUUUUGACUCAACAAAAUGUGUUUGCUUUUGAAUACACACCACGAGUAGUGGUUUUUAUUGUUCUAUCUUGUCUGAUCUCUAUCUCGGUUAAUUUUAGCACAUUCCUUGUGAUAGGAAAGACAUCUCCUGUCACAUAUCAAGUUCUUGGGCAUCUCAAAACUUGUUUAGUCCUAGCAUUUGGUUACGUUUUACUUCGUGACCCGUUUAAUUGGAGGAACAUUUUUGGGAUACUAGUUGCGUUGGUUGGUAUGAUUUUAUAUUCAUAUUAUUGCACUCAAGAGAGCCAGGCAAAAACUGAAGAAACAUCACUGCAGAAUAAGCUAAAUGAAGCUGAAUCCGAUCCCCUUUUACACGUGGAGAAUGGUGCCACGAAGCUAAACGAUCUUCCUAUUUCGAAGGGCACAUUUUGGGAAGCAGAUAAGGAUUUGCGUGCUUGAAGGACCGUAUUUUGGUAAUACAUGUUCGGCUUUCUUGACUUAAUUUUUCCUGCGGCAUGCAAAUGCAAGUUCAAGAUAAAGAUAAAGAUGAAAGCUUUCCUCGAUUACAGAGCAUUGUCGUGAAAACUCAAGGAGUACUCUUCUAUUCUCCCUGGCUUAGAAAUUUCCAUCUAUGACAUGCUAACACUCGUUAUUGAGAUUCUCUUAGUUGACACUAUUGCUUCUUGUGAUGAAAAUAAGAAAUAUUUCUUAAAUAUAUUAGUUUCUCUGUAUACGAGCCCUUUAUCAACAACUCGGAUUAAAACUUCAAUUUUGGCCAUAGUAUAUCUAAUUUGAUAUCGAUUUUUGAU